AUGUGGAGUCUCAAGGCCCUGGAGCGAGCUCUGCCCUGUGCUCGCGGCCCUCGCGUGGCCUUUGCCAGCUCCGCCGCUGCGGCAUCUGCUGCUCCAGCACUAGAAGGGGUGCGUCUCAAUACCUUGCGUGAUAACGAUGGCGCACACAAGCGCAGCAAGCGUCUCGGCCGCGGUAUUGGCUCGGGCAAAGGCAAGACCUCGGGUCGUGGUCAUAAGGGACAGAAGGCGCGCUCGGGCGGAGGAUCGGGACGUGGUCCCGGCUUUGAAGGGGGGCAGACGCCUUUGUACCAACGUGUGCCAAAGCGCGGCUUCAACAAUAAGUUUGCGACGCCCAUGGAGCCUUUGAACGUGGACAAACUCCAGCUUUUUGUGGACAUGGGACGUCUGGACACGUCGAAAACGAUCACAAUGAAGGACCUGGUGGACUGCGGCAUGGUGACGUGCUCGCGUGUGAAGCACGGGAUCAAGUUGCUGGGGAAUGGCAGCCAGCACCUGACAGCGAAGCUGGACAUUGAAGUCUCGCAGGCGUCGGCGUCAGCUAUUAAGGCAGUUGAAGCAGCUGGAGGCAGCAUCACGUCCGUGUAUCAUAACCGACUGGCGCUGCGUGCACUGCUCAAGCCUCACAAGUUCGAGACGAUUCCGCUGUCGGCCCGUCCGACCCCCAAGAAACUCACGUACUACACGAACUAUGAGAAGCGUGGGUACUUGUCUCCGGAGAUUCAGGUCAAGAAGGCGCUCGCGGAUGCUCAAAGAUCGGACUAG